GCGGCGGUGCCGGGCGCGGUUGGCGGCGCGGGGGGCGCGGCGGCCGCUGCCGCGGUGCUGGUGCCGCUGUGCUCGGUGCGCGGCCGCCCCGCGCUGCUCUUCACGCUCCGCUCCCGCCGCCUCGGCGGCCCCCACAGCGGCGACGUCAGCUUCCCCGGCGGGCGGCGGGACCCGGCGGACGCGGACGCGGUGGCCACGGCGCUGCGGGAGACGCGGGAGGAGCUGGGGGUGGCGGUGGCAGCAGCCAGCGUGUGGGGACAGCUGCGGACCCUGCCCGACCGGAAAGGAAUGACCAUAGCGCCCGUCGUGGCCAACCUGGGGCCGCUGGAGGCCUUGACACUGACCCCCAACCCCGACGAGGUGGAGGAGGUGUUCACCCUGCCCCUGGCUCACCUGCUGCAGGAGGAGAACCAGGGCUACACCCACUUCCGCACGGCCACCGGCUACGGGUACACCCUGCCCGUGUUCCUGAACGGCCCCCACAGGGUGUGGGGGCUCACGGCCAUCAUCACCGAGCUCACCCUGGAGCUGCUGCUGCCCGGCCGCUACUGCAGGAAGACCCACGUGCCACCCCGGAAACCCGUGGCCUGAGGGAGGAGGGGACAGGGGGCGGCUCUGGGGCACCGAAGCCACCGGUGAUGUUGCACACUGUGAUUCAGUAAAAGCCAUGUUUGGAACUGC